GUGGCAAGGGGCCCGGGAGCUGCCACGGCACCCGGCGCCGUGGGAGCGCCACGGAGCAGGCGCGACCGCUCCGCCGUCGGGCCCCUGGGGUGCCCCUGCGCGGAUCGAUGCCCCCGCAGCGAGGAUCGGCGCCCGCGAGAUCGGUCGAUCGUGUCUGGGCUGUGGGCGCGGGCGACGCCGUGGCGAUGACGAAGCUGGCCUUCGGCAAGCCGCUCCUCAUCGCCCGCUGCGGGGGCGUGGAGUUCGAGGUAUGCCCGCACAACGUCGCGGGCGCGAUGCUUGCCGAGCCCUUCGCCGGAGCAGCGGAGGGCGAUGGGCAAAGCCCAGCGGUCGAGGUCUUCAUCGGGGACCUCCCGACCAUCCAGGCGUGCGGUGAGGGCACGGGCGAGGCGGUGGUGCAGGAGUAUGGCGAGCGUCCCCCCGUCCCUGUCUUCCCGACGACGGAGGUGGCGACGGCGCAGCGCUUCGAGGGCUUCGAGGCGCCGCUCGCUGUGGCCAAGGGAGUUGGGACCGAGAAGAUCGAUGGGGACCCUGAAUGCCAAGGACGACGUGACGAGGUCGAGACGUGGAUGGAGGUGCCGAUGGUGCUGCGCACUGGCAGGGCGCAGCUCGUGGUGGGCAGCGCGAACAGGUAUAUGCUGGAGUGCGUGAGCAUGGUCGACAUCGACGGCGUGGACCCAGAGAGGGAUUCUGAGCUGGAGGAGCUCGGGGCGACGGUGGAGGUGCCGACGGUGCCGUGCGUCGUCAAAUCGCUGCUCGGAGAGGGCAGCGCUGACGGCAGCACGCUGGUGCUCGGGGCCGGGGUCGACAACUUCGGCGAGGAUUCCGAGCUGGAGUUCGGGAGCGGGGUCGACAUUGACGGCGCGGGCCUCGUGAGGGACUCCGAGCCAGAAAAGUGCGAAACGACGGUGGAUAUGCAGACGGUGGCGCACACCGCCAAGGCGCAGCUCGCAGGGGGGAGCGUGAUUGAAGGCGAGGAGGCCCAGGAAGUCAACCUCCAGCGGCACUUCGACUCCGUGUUCGCGGCCAAUGAGGAAGCCGACUCGCGGGUGGUCGUGGCGCGCGCCGCCCUUCUGGCCCAGUGGCGGCUCGUGACCGACGAGCUGGAGACCAUGCGGGCG